UUUUACUUGAAGCGAGUUCGGUCUCUCCAAUUCCAUAACCUCUAUUUUAAACAACACUGAAGAGUAAAUAUAAUGUAGUCAGUCGUAAACUCCACUCAGACAAAUUAACACCACCUUGUGAUAUUUAAGCUUAAAAAUGAAAUUAAUGGUUAUACUUUUAUUAAUAAUUGUGAUCAAAACCGGAAACUGUGCAAGAAUUUUAGGAAUAUUUCCGCUUCCUGCAAGAAGUCACUACAUACUAGGAAGUAGCCUUAUGAGAGGUCUAGCAGAAAAAGGGCACGAUGUCACUGUGAUUAGUCCAUUUGGUGAAACAACACCCUGUAAAAAUGGGUCCUAUAAAGACAUAAUUCUCACCGAUUUUAUUAAAGUUAAUGAUAAAAAACAUUUUGAUUUAUUUGAAAUUGACAAAAUGGAUUUUGUCACUUAUGGCCUUAUGAUGAACUACCUCGGAAACGACAAUGUGGAAAAAACAUUAAGCCACCCCAAUGUCCAAAAAUUACUAAAAUCAAACGAAAAAUUUGACAUCGUAAUUGUGGAACAGUUCGUCAAUGACGCCCUGAAAGCUUUCUCUUAUUACUACAAAGCCCCACUUGUCCUAUUUGUAACAUUCAGUUCGAACGCUUGGAUCAAUCCCUUAGUUGCUAAUCCGGCACCGCCUUCGUAUAUCCCAGAACAAAAAAUUGAUUUUGAUCACAAAAACUUUUUCCACCGUCUGAAAAACAACAUAAUUUAUGUCUUCGGAGAACUGAACCGAAAUUUGCUUUUCUUUCCGGCACAAAAUAAAAUCAUGAAAAAAUAUUUUCCCGAUGCUCCAGACUUAGACAACAUACUCUACAAUGCUUCUUUAGUGUUGCUAAAUUCACACAUUAGUACCAACAAAGCGGUACCCAGAGUACCCAGCAUGAUUGACAUCGGCGGCUUUCACCUCAAGCCUCCCAAAAAACUGCCUCAAGGCCUCCAAGAAUUUUUAGAUAAUGCCAAAGAAGGUGUGGUUUACUUCAGCAUGGGAUCAGCCCUUCAAAGUGUUAAUCUUCCAAUCGAGAAACGUGAAGCUUUACUUAAAGUGUUUUCACGACUCAAAGAAAAAGUUUUGUGGAAAUGGGAAGAUGAUGUUUUGCCGGGACAACCCUCUAAUGUUAAAUUGGAGAAGUGGUUACCCCAACAGGACAUUUUAGCCCAUCCAAAUAUUAAAGCUUUUAUAACUCAUGGUGGUCUUUUGAGUUUGAUUGAAAGUGUGUACCAUGGAGUACCAAUUUUGGCAAUUCCAGUUUUUGGGGAUCAAGUCACAAAUGCAAUGGAAGCGACAUGGAAUGGUUGUGGUCGAUAUAUUUUAUACAGUGAACUAAACGAGAAAAAAUUAGAAGAGUCUCUUAAAGACAUUUUGGGCAAUUCUAAAUAUCGGGAAAAUAUGCAAAGACGGUCAAAAAUAAUGCACGAUCGUCAGAAUAAACCAAUAGAUGAUGCCGAUUAUUGGAUACAGUAUGUGAUACGUCAUCGAGGGGCAACACAUUUAAGAGUGGCAGGAUUGGAUCUUCCUUGGUAUCAGUAUCUGUCGCUUGAUGUUUAUCUUUUUAUUUGUUCUGUUACGUUCUUAGUUUUUUAUGUAAUUUAUAAUUCUAUUAAGUUUUUAAUUUCAUUCUUUAGGAAAAAUGAGAGUAAAGAAAAAGUUAAAAAACAUUAGUACAACAAUAUUGUAUUAACUACUAAGCAAAGUGAAAUAACAUGAUUAGAUUUUGUUUUUGUAAUUAUUUUAUUGUGAUUUCUCUGUUAAGUAACAAAAAUAGAAAAUUGAAAGUCA